GAGGUGCUCCAAGAGCGGUGCAUGGCACGUGUGAGUGUCCCCAGUGGCCUCCGUGGAAGAAGGGGAGAGACGGGCGCGGGGUAGUUGCCGAUUCGCUAUGUCGCGCUGCCACGUUUGACCAAGCAUUCAUUUAUUCUUCCCAACCGAAAGCCAGAGCAAGCACACGGCUCCAAGAGGAAAGAGGAAGGCGCAGACAAGGGAAAGAGAUCCAUCCAUUCCUCUCCCUCCGCAGCGACCAGGGAGGGUACAGCCCGCACCAGCAGAUCUCCCUCAGCGCCUCCUGCCCUUCCCUUCCGCUGCUGGUUGGUUCUCUUCUCCCUCGUCCUCCUUUCCGCUCGUGGGGUCAUGGAGUGCCGGGUUCUUGGCUCCAGGUGCGCCGGCACCGGGGCGCAAAUCUUGGGGAAGACCGGGUCCGCGACGCCAUGCGGUAAAGCACCUUCUUUUACAAGUUUUACUGGUUCUACCAAACAUGAGCAGAACUUGCAUGGGAAUGGUAAACCCUUGCAAUUAGCAGGAAGUGGAUACACUCGUUUGGUUAACAGAAGUCCAGUACUGAAACGGCAGUGGAAUCUUGCUGCUAGGUCUAGCUCUGCAAAUGUUUGUACUACUUUUGAUGAUGCCAUGGUUGUAUCUUCUGAUGCUGUUGAAGAAAAAAUUGGAGUACUCUUAUUAAAUCUUGGUGGUCCAGAGACCCUGGAUGAUGUUCAACCAUUUUUGUUCAACCUGUUUGCUGAUCCAGAUAUAAUUCGACUCCCUAGGCUGUUCAGGUUUCUUCAAAGACCACUGGCCAAGCUUAUUUCUACUUUUAGAGCACCUAAGAGUAAAGAGGGGUAUGCUUCAAUUGGCGGUGGAUCACCUUUGAGGAAAAUUACUGAUGAGCAGGCAAAUGCUUUGAAAAUUGCACUGGAAAAGAAAAAAUUGCAUGCAAAUAUAUAUGUUGGAAUGCGGUAUUGGUACCCUUUCACAGAAGAAGCCAUUGAUCAGAUUAAGAAGGAUAGGAUUACCAAGCUUGUUGUUCUUCCACUUUACCCUCAGUACUCCAUAUCAACUAGUGGGUCAAGCAUUCGUGUUCUCCAAGACAUUGUAAAGGAAGAUUCAUAUUUAUCUGGCUUGCCAAUUUCCAUUAUUGAAUCAUGGUACCAGCGUGAUGGCUAUGUGAAAUCAAUGGCUGACUUAAUUGAGAAAGAGCUAUCUAUUUUUUCCAAUCCUGAAGAGGUUAUGAUAUUCUUCAGUGCACAUGGUGUACCACUUACCUAUGUUGAGGAUGCUGGAGAUCCUUACCGAGAUCAGAUGGAGGACUGCAUUGCUUUGAUCAUGGGAGAGUUGAGAUCCAGAGGAAUAUUAAACAGCCACACUCUAGCUUACCAGAGUCGGGUGGGGCCAGUUCAAUGGCUGAAGCCAUAUACUGAUGAAGUUUUACUCGAGCUUGGUCAAAAGGGUGUGAAAAGCCUCCUGGCUGUUCCAGUAAGUUUUGUGAGUGAGCACAUUGAAACAUUGGAAGAAAUCGACAUGGAGUACAAGGAGUUGGCUCUAGAAUCGGGCAUUGAGAACUGGGGUAGGGUUCCUGCCCUUGGAUGUACUUCGUCGUUCAUCUCUGACCUUGCGGAUGCUGUUGUUGAAGCUCUGCCCACUGCUUCAUCACUAACCAGAAAGCCCAACAACACCGGUUCUGACAUGGACGUGAUGCAGUACCUGACCAAGAUGUUUUUCGGCUCAAUCUUGGCAUUCGUCUUGCUCUUGUCGCCAAGACUAAUUUCCGUGUUCCGGAAUACAAUGCUUUAGGUUGUGGCCGUAAUCAUGCUAUUUUUGAGAUCGAUGCAUGAAGUAGCUGCCAAUGACGUGUUGAUUGUAAUUAGACAUCAUUAGAGUUUACUGGUUGUAAUUUGCAAAUAACUUGCAAUUUGCUGGUUUUAGUAGUACUGCUCUAACCGUCAAAUUUGGUGUGAUGAAAGCACAAAACAUCAAUCUACUACAGAUUCCAAAGUUUUCUA